UAAACCUAUUUUCAUUAGGCAAUAUGGAAAAGUUUACUAAUAUCUUAAAUAGAAUGAAGUUGCAUAUGGAAAAAUAUAAAGAAGAAACGCUUAAGAUAGAAAAAUCAAGCCUGAAACCAGCUGCUGUUUUGGUUCCACUCUUUGAACAUGAAGAGGAAUUGUUUGUACUUUUAACUAAACGUACGGAUAAAGUCGGCAGCCAUCAAGGGGAUGUAUGUUUUCCUGGUGGUAAACAAGACGAUACUGAUGAUAAUAUUGUAGCUACUGCUUUACGUGAGACAUGGGAAGAAAUAGGGUUGAAGCCAUCUCAAGUUGAAGUGCUUGGUGCCAUGUUCCCCACAGUAUCGUACACACGACUACUGGUCACCCCUGUUAUAGGUUUUAUUAAAGAUGUUCAAGAUGUGAAGUUAAACAUAAACACAGAUGAAGUGGAUGAUAUAUUUGCUUGUAGACUUGAUUUCUUCUUGGACAGCUCAUCACACAAAUAUGUUCAAUCUAAAAUCACACCAGGAUUGUACCUCCACUUAUUCAAAUUCAACUCACAACCCCAAUCAGACACUGGCUGCGACUUUAUAGCAAAAGUUUUCAACCCAAAGCACAACAAACACUUGAUAUACGGCCUAACUGCACAUAUGGCAAUUCUUGCUGCCUUGGUUUGCCUGGAUAAAAAAUCUGGCUAUAAUAUAGCUGGAGGGGAUACGCCUCUUACACAAGACUCUUAUAUGGGAUUCCAGAUUAAAUAUUUAAACCACAGAAUCAUAGCUUUUACUAAACAGAAAUCAACCACCCUUAACUACAAGCUUUAAACAGUGUUAAUAUAUGAUUACAAAUAUGUUUGUUUCAAUAAUACCUUAGUUUUUAUGACAGAAGAUCAGUUUUUUGAAUAUAUGAAUGAUUAUUCCUAAUAGCAACAUCAGCGCAGUAAAUGAUAUUAUUACAUAGUUCUAACAUACUCAACUCAAUUUAUGCUUGUACCAGUAUUUGUAACCAG